UGAAACUAAUUCAGUGUAACCAUUUGCUUUCUUUAACUCACCAUAAGUAAUAGUUCUCAUUUUACUUCUCUUCUUUUAUAACUCAUUACUUACGUGAAAUGUAAGAGUUUCCAUGACAGGUAUCAAGUGUGAUAUAUCUCGGUUAAACCAGGGCAGUUAAACGCAAACUGCAUUGAAAGGUACUCAGGUAUCUUAUGUAAAAUUACUUAGUUGUCAUCUUUUCCACUCCUGAGUCAACAAGCUGCAUAAUGAAGUCAUUUCAAUUUCUAAACUACUUUCUCCUCAACUUUAUCUUGACUGUAUCUUCGGCACCAAUGCAGACCAAAUGUAAAAUACCAACGAACUUGAUAGUACAUUACAACAGAUUGUCCGGUGCAUCCAUUGGCAAUAAGUUUUUUCUACCAGCUGAAAUGGCUCCAGCAGGAAGUAACCAGCGACCACAAACCGAUGGGGAUAGAACUUUUCCAACAUCUCUGGUUUCUAUUAAUAUCGUCCGCGAACGUUCAACCUGCCCUUGGUAUCUUAAAAUUAUCCAUGAUCCAUCAGUUUUCCCUCCAUCACGUACUGAAGCGAUAUGUCGCUGUAGAUACUGUCUAGACUCUGACGAAAAUCACCAAUGUGUAACAGUAUAUUCUAAAACGACUGUCCUGAAACGUACAGGUGAAUGUGUUGAUGGAUUGUAUGCGUAUAGACCAAGUGUGAUUCAAAUAGCCACAGCCUGUGUGUGUGCAAAGAAAGUCGAUAUCAUUUCUGGCAAAAAAUGACCAAGUUUACGAGUCGUAAAAACGCCAGCCUACCGUUUUGAAAUGCGUGUAACGCAAAUGUCAUUCAUAAUUUUAUGAAUCUUUAAGUAAACCACUAUGUGGUCAUUGUGUUAUUUCUUAUAUUUUGUUAAUACCUUUAAUAUAUGCAACUGUUUUAUAUUUCAUAAUCAUAAAUAUGUUCAAUGAAAUCCCAAGUCAUUACUAUGUAAUGAAUUAAAAUUGUUAGCAUAUUGUUAACUAUAUCAUUAUCUAAAUAACAGUAUGUUAUUUAAUUAUAAGUGUACAUAUUAAUCAAUUUAUAAUAUAUAACUGCGCUAGACGCAGCGUCACUCUUUCUUUACUCGCAUAUUCACACACACACACACACACACACACACACACACACACACACACACACACACACAC